CCAAAUAUAUCCCACCCAUCAAUAACAUCUCCAAGAAUAGCAAAAAGGGAAGAAAAUGGUUCUGCUUGAUAAAAUGUGGGACGAUGUUCUUGCUGGGCCUCAACCCGAGCGUGGUCUCGGCAAGCUUCGGAAGAUCACCACCCAGCCUUUGUCCAUCAAAGAUGACGGAGAAGGGAAAAGGUUCCGGAGGUCUUUGUCGAUGCCAAUGAGUCCAGGGGCACCGCCGACACCGGUGACACCCACGACUCCGACGCCGCGCAAGGAGAACGUGUGGAGGAGCGUCUUCCAUCCCUGGAGCAACCUCGCUACUAAAAGUAUUGGCGCUGAUAUGUUCCACAGGCCACAACCUAACUCUCCUACUGUCUAUGACUGCAACCAAACGGAGGCUCAGAGGGGGAGAAUGAAGGAAAACUUGGUUAUUUGUUUGGUAGCUGCGUGGAAAUAAUUCCUUUUGAUCAGUAUACACACUUGUAUAUGGCUUUAUAGUGGGGAGACCAGGAGCAAGCAUCGCUGAGUAGGUGGCGUCUCAUGGGCGGGCGGGAAGCUAGCAGCCUCGGAGAAGGCUGAACCAGGGUUGCAUGUAAAUAGUGUAUUUUCUUUUUAAUUUCAAUAUGCUAAAGGUGUCCGUUUUAAUGCUAGUUUGAUCUUGUCUCGUGUUACUGUAGUAGGUUUUUUAAGAGCGAUGACCAAGGCUGCGCUAGCCCACGGUGGUUAACGGAUGUUUUGUCAUUCAACAUCCGACCUUGAGCGGCAGUCCGGCAGCUGUAUUACUUAAAUAAACAAAUAAAUGUAAUGGGGGUGUUGUAAUGGU